CUGUUAUGCGAUAAAUGCGAUGUCCUCCACGUUAUGCAUGCGGGUAACUGGCCGAGGUUCGGGUGUUGGGCUCUACCCUUCCUUCAUUCAUCUCCUGCUACUUGGAUGCGCCCAUCCGCCCGGAAGUGACGUGUCUACUGCAUGAGCCUUUUCCUGUUUUGGGCUGUUAGUGGCAGCAGCAGCAACAGCAACAGCUGGGAAGGGACCCGAGGCUCGGGUAGGAGCUGUCACCGGCUGGGGGUGCUGUCCCUCCCAUUGCUACCAUGAUGAGGACAGCAAUGAUGACAGGUGCCAGUCUGGCCCUUACAGCUGCAGUGGUGACGCAUGCUUAUCUUCUCAAGCACCAGUUCUACCCCACAGUCGUGUACCUGACCAAAUCAAGCCCCAGCAUGGCUGUUCUUUACAUACAAGCGUUUGUGUUGGUGUUCCUCUUAGGGAAGUUCAUGGGCAAAGUGUUUUUUGGUCAGCUGCGAGCAGCUGAGAUGGAGCAUCUCCUGGAGCGUUCCUGGUACGCCGUUACAGAAACAUGCCUCGCUUUCACUGUGUUCCGGGAUGAUUUCAGUCCGCGAUUCGUAGCACUCUUCACUCUUUUGCUAUUCCUCAAAUGUUUCCACUGGCUGGCCGAGGAUCGUGUUGAUUUUAUGGAGCGCAGUCCAAACAUUUCCUGGCUGUUCCAUUUCCGUAUCCUUGCUCUGAUGCUCCUGCUGGGUGUGUUGGAUGUUCUGUUUGUAUCCCAUGCUUAUCACAGUUUGGUCACCCGAGGAGCCUCGGUACAGCUAGUGUUUGGGUUUGAGUAUGCCAUACUCAUGACCAUGAUCCUCACUGUGUUCAUAAAGUAUAUCCUCCACUCAGUGGACCUACAGAGCGAGAAUCCAUGGGAUAAUAAGGCUGUGUACAUGUUAUACACUGAGCUUCUCACUGGGUUUAUAAAAGUCCUGCUGUAUGUUACUUUCAUGGCAAUCAUGGUGAAAUUCCACACAUUUCCUCUCUUUGCGAUUCGUCCAAUGUACCUUGCAAUGAGGCAGUUUAAGAAGGCAGUGACCGAUGCGAUCAUGUCCAGGAGAGCAAUCCGCAAUAUGAACACACUGUAUCCAGAUGCCACACCAGAGGAGCUCCAGGCUAUGGACAAUGUAUGUAUCAUCUGCAGAGAGGAGAUGGUGACAGGAGCCAAGAGACUGCCAUGUAACCACAUAUUCCACACUAGCUGCCUGCGUUCCUGGUUCCAAAGACAGCAGACAUGUCCCACUUGCCGUAUGGAUGUGCUCAGAGCCUCUCUCCCCAGCCAGACACAGACACCUGCAGAUCAGCCUGAUCCUGCCCAGCAGCCACAUGUAGCUCCCGCACAGCAGACUCCAGUUAUUCCUCCACAGCCCAACUUUCCUCCUGGGAUUCUUCCUCCUUUUCCUCCUGGGAUGUUUCCACUUUGGCCUCCCUUGGGUCCUUUUCCUCCUGUUCCUGGGGCUCCUGGAGCCAAUGCCCCUGAAGAAGCCAAUGCAGGACCCUCCACUGCAUCUGCACCAAGACCUGGCGAUGGUUCCGGUGGUCCAGAUACAUCUGCUGGAACAUCUCUACCAGGGUUUCCUUUUCCACCUCCCUUUUUGGGAAUGCCGAUUUUCCCUCCUUUUGGAUUGCCGCCAAUGCCAAUGCCUCCUGCAGGCUUUGCCGGUUUGACAGAUGAUGAGCUAAGAGCAAUGGAAGGUCAUGAGAGGCAGAAUCUGGAAGCCAGGCUACAAUGUCUUCAGAAUAUCCAUACUCUUUUAGACGCUGCCAUGUUGCAGAUUAACCAGUACCUGACCGUGUUGGCGAGCGUUGGGCCCCAUCGUCCUUCCAUACCCACCACACAGUCUCCAUUAGUUACCACAGAUGCCCCUUCCCCUAGUCAACCAGAAGAAUCUCACACAUCAGACACAUCCUCAGCUGCAGCUGAUGCUGGGUCUUCACUCCAGUCAGAUUCCCCCAUACCUACAAAUGAAGAGAUUGUCAACGGCGCUGAAGGUGGCAGUUCAGAAGAACCAAAUGCAGAGGAGCUGCGACGACGUAGACUACAAAAACUUGAAACUGGAUCCUCCGAAGCUCACUGAGGCUUCAUCCCUGGCCUGACUUGCACAGAAAUAAAUGUGUAUUGGAAGGAACAUGAGAUUCUUUUGGACUCUAUUAAAAGCCAGGCAAAAGUUAAGCUGGACUUCUUAAAUAUAUAUAUAUUUUUUAAGGACACAAUAUGAGCUCUUCAUGCAGAUACUUGUUAAAUGAGGGAAAACUGGUGACCUCAUUAAUUGUGUUGGACUUGUUACAGUAAAAUUAAACUUUGGACCAUUCUAUUUUA